CAGCGGUGUGUCUGUGAAGUGAAGCCGGCGCUGAAGCAUCCGGGAGAUGCAGACACGCAGCCUCAGCUCCUCGCUGAUGUCAUGGUGACCACACCGCUGAGAUCGUUUAUGUGCGUGUUGCAAUGGCGGUGUUGAAGUGGAGGUGAGCGGCACCGUUUCUCGGGGGGAGUGCGCACUCUUUUUUCCUCUCCGCUUUUUCCAGGGAAACGACCAAAACAGAUAGAUCGGCUUUUUGCUCCUUCUUUUCCUGCUGGUUCUUGUACGAGGAACCAUGGCGACGGGACAGGAUGACAGCACUGUCCGUGUGGCGCUGAGGAUUCGUCCGCAGCUGGCCAGAGAGAAGAUCGAGGGAUGUCACAUCUGUACGUAUGUGAUGCCCGGGGAGCCUCAGGUGAUCCUGGGGAAGGAUAAGGCCUUCACCUACGACUAUGUGUUCGACAUGGACUCCCAGCAGGACGCCAUCUACACAGCAUGCACAGAGAAGCUCAUCGAUGGCUGCUUCGAAGGCUACAAUGCCACCGUCUUCGCAUAUGGACAGACGGGUUCAGGGAAGACCUACACCAUGGGGACUGGAUUUGAUGUCAACUUUGUUGAGGAGGAGCUGGGCAUCAUCCCUCGCGCCGUCCACCACCUAUACAAAGGCAUCGAGGAACGCAAACAAGCCGCCCAGGAGCAGGGACGCCCUGUACCAGAGUUUAAGAUCAACGCCCAGUUUCUGGAGCUUUAUAAUGAGGAAGUUCUGGACCUGUUUGACACAGUACGAGACAUGAAGCAGAAAUCUCACAUCAAGAUUCACGAAGACGCCAACGGAGGAAUCUACACCGUAGGAGUGACCACACGCACCGUGUCCUCCGAGGCUGAGAUGAUCCAGUGUCUGAAGCUGGGGGCUCUAUCUCGCACCACAGCCAGCACUCAGAUGAACGUCCAGAGCUCCCGUUCUCACGCCAUCUUCACCAUCCACUUGUGCCAAGUCCGCGUUUGUGCCUCUGACAAUCAAGAAAAUGAGACUGAUAACAAAGUCUCCAACGGAAACUCUGAGCUGGACGAGUACGAGACGCUGACGGCCAAGUUUCACUUUGUGGACCUGGCGGGUUCCGAGAGGCUGAAAAGAACUGGAGCAACCGGCGAUCGAGCCAAAGAGGGCAUCUCCAUCAACUGUGGACUGCUCGCUCUUGGGAAUGUAAUCAGUGCUUUGGGCGACCGGGGCAAGCGGUCCGCACACGUGCCUUACAGAGACUCCAAACUCACCCGGCUCCUACAGGACUCGUUAGGAGGAAACAGCCAAACAGUGAUGAUCGCGUGCAGCAGCCCAUCUGACCGAGACUUCAUGGAGACGCUGAACACAUUGAAAUAUGCCAACCGAGCCCGGAACAUCAAGAACAAGGUCAUGGUGAACCAGGACAAAGCCAGCCAGCAGAUCAGCGCUCUGAGGACAGAAAUAGCUCGACUGCAGAUGGAGCUGAUGGAGUACAAGACGGGUAAACGCAUGGUGGGUGAGGAUGGUGUGGAGAGCUUUAGCGAUAUGUUCCACGAGAACUCUAUGCUGCAGACAGAGAAUGGCAACCUGAGGGUGAGGGUGAAGGCCAUGCAGCAGACCAUAGAUGCUCAGAGGGGGCGGCUCACCCAGCUGCUCAGUGACCAGGCCAACCAGACCCUCGCCAAGGCGGGUGAAGGAGGAACAGAGGAAAUUGGAAAGAUGAUUCAGAGUUAUAUCAAAGAGAUUGAAGAACUAAGAGCCAAACUCCUGGAGAGUGAAGCUGUCAAUGAGAAUCUGAGGAAGAAUCUGUCUCGUGCCUCCAGCCGUCAGUCGUUCUACGGCGGGUCCAGCCCGUUCUCCUCCCCGAUGCUGGCUCCUGAGAAGGAGACGUCUGACAUCAUCGAACUGGCCAAGAAAGACCUGGAGAAACUGAAGAAACGGGAGAAAAAGAAAAAGAAAGGACUCCAGCUGCUGUUGGAGGAGAGAGAGAGGGAGGAAAGGGAGGAGGUGGUGGAAGAGGUUGGGGAUGCCAGUGUCAACAAGGAGGAAAUUCCUGACAACGAGCAAGAAAAGGGAACGGAGAAAGACAUGUCAGAGCGAGCCAACGACGAAGCAGAAAUUGAGGUCCAGGAGGGCAGCGACCAUGAAGAAGGAGAGGAGGAAGAGGAUGAGGAAGAGGAGGAGAUGGAUGUGGAGGAGAGCUCUGAUGAUUCUGACUCUGAGCCCGACGAAAAAGAGAACUUCCAAGCAGAUCUGGCCAACAUCACCUGUGAAAUCGCCAUCAAGCAGAAGCUGAUCGACGAGCUGGAGAACAGUCAGCGGCGUCUUCACACGCUCAAGCAGCAGUACGAGCAAAAGCUGAUGAUGCUGCAGUGCAAGAUCAAGGACACGCAGCUGGAGAGGGACCGUGUCCUCCAAAACAUGAAUUCUGUAGAGAGCGGCACGGAAGACAAGUCUCGUAAAAUUAAGGUUGAAUAUGAGAAGAAGCUGAGCAUCAUGAACAAGGAACUCCAGAAGCUCCAGUCUGCUCAGAAAGAACACGCCCGCCUGCUGAAGAACCAAUCACAGUACGAGAGGCAGCUGAAGAAGCUUCAGAUGGAUGUGGCGGAAAUGAAGAAGACAAAGGUCCGUCUCAUGAAGCAGAUGAAGGAGCAGCAGGAGAAAAAUAGGAUGAAUGAACAUCGUAGAAACCGUGAAAUUGCCACCUUGAAGAAAGACCAACGCAAGCAAGAGCAUCAACUGAAGUUACUGGAGGCUCAGAAGAGGCAGCAGGAGCUCAUUCUGAGGAGAAAGACUGAGGAGGUGACUGCUCUGAGGAGGCAGGCCAGGCCCACUUCUGGUAAGGUCAUCAGGAGAGUCAAUCUCCAAGAACCAGUCCAGGACUCCUCCCACAGACCCCCAUCUGGACGCUUGUACUCCUCCAGCAUCACUGGUCCCAAUGGAAACCGUUUUUCCUACAGGCGUACAGUCGGUAUUUACUCCACCAGAGUGGCUCGUAAUAAAUGGCAGUCCCUGGAGCGGCGAGUCUGUGAUGUCAUCAUGCAGAGGUUGACCAUCUCCAACAUGGAGGCUGACAUGAACCGCCUCCUAAAGCAAAGGGAGGAGCUGACCAAACGUAAGGAGAAGGUCAUCAGGAAGAGGGAGAGGUUGGUGAGGGAGGAGCCAGAGGCAGAGAAGACACUGCCCCCCCUCAACGAAGAAGUAGACGCCCUGACAGCCAACAUCGACUACAUCAAUGACAGCAUCGCAGACUGUCAGGCCAACAUUAUGCAGAUGGAGGAAGCCAAGGAGGAAUGUGACACAGCGGAUGUCUCUGCUGUGAUUGGCUCUUGUACCCUUGUAGAGGCUCGUUUCCUCCUCGAUCACUUCAUCUCAAUGGCCAUAAAUAAGGGUCUGCAGGCGGCUCAGAAGGAGUCCCAGGUGAAGGUGAUGGAGGGCAGGCUGAAGCAGACGGAGAUAACCAGCGCUACACAGAACCAGCUGCUCUUCCACAUGCUGAAGGAGAAAGCAGAGUUCAACCCAGAGUUGGACGCCCUGCUGGGGAAUGCCCUGCAAGAGCUAGGUAACAUUCCAGCUGAAAAUGGGGAUGAUAGCAGCAGUGAUGAGUCUGCACACAGCCCUUCAGCAGAGGGAACUACUUUAUCAUCAGACCUCAUGAAACUGUGUGGCGAGACCAAAACCAGGAACAAGGCUCGUAGGAGGACCACUACUCAGAUGGAGUUACUGUACGCAAACUCCGACUCUGCCCCCGACGCACCCACUGCCGACUUCUCCAGUCCGAUGCUGCCGUUAACUGAGACACCAGAAGGGGACAUGGACACGUCAGGCUCAUCAGUCAGGGACUACACUGCGCUCUCCCCUGGCUUUUCCUCUAAAAUGGGCAGCAUUUCUGGCUCCAGAACUUCGCCAGGGGUGGAAAAGCGAGCUCCGGAGCCUUCGCCGCUCUCUCGCAGGAAGACCUAUGACAAGGCGAAUGCAGCAGCCGACAGGGCAAAGGUCAAGGAGAUCAAACAGGGCGUCAUUAACCCGGUGCCGUCCACUAAGAGUAGCCGGUCAGCCACGUUGCAGUGUGUCCACGUGGCGGAGGGACACAGUAAAGCUGUUCUCUGUGUCGACUGCACUGAUGACCUUCUCUUCACUGGAUCCAAAGACCGGACAUGUAAGGUGUGGAACCUGGUGACAGGUCAGGAGAUAAUGUCCCUGGCCGGUCACCCCAACAACGUGGUUUCGGUCCGCUACAGCUCCAGUUUGGUCUUCACCGUCUCAACUUCCUACAUCAAAGUCUGGGACAUCCGCGACUCGGCCAAGUGCAUUCGUACGCUGACGUCGUCUGGUCAGGUUAAUGUUGGGGACAUCUGCGCGUCUAACACCAGCAGAACUGUCACCAUCCCAGCAGGAGAGAACCAGAUCAACCAGAUUGCCCUCAACCCCAACGGGACGGUUCUGUACACCGCCGCCGGAAACUCCGUCAGAGUCUGGGAUCUGAGAAGAUUUGCUUCCACUGGGAAACUUACUGGUCACCUCGGCCCAGUGAUGUGUCUUACUGUGGAUCAGUCUGGAAGUAACCAAGACCUGGUGAUCACCGGCUCCAAAGAUCAUUACAUUAAGCUGUUCGAUGUGACGGAGGGCUCUCUGGGGAGCAUCAGCCCUACACACAACUUUGAACCACCACAUUACGAUGGAAUCGAGUCACUGGUGGUGCAGGGGGACAUUCUCUUCAGCGGCUCCCGAGACAACGGCAUCAAGAAGUGGGACCUGGACCGCAAAGACCUGCUGCAGCAAGUCCCCAAUGCUCAUCGGGAUUGGGUCUGUGCACUGGGCGUCGUCCCCGGCUCCCCGGCCCUGCUCAGCGGCUGCAGAGGCGGGGUGCUCAAGCUGUGGCACACAGACACACUAGGGACCUUGGGGGAGCUCAAGGGUCACGAAAGCCCCAUCAACGGCAUCUCUACCAACAGCAGCCACCUGUUCACUGCCUCAGAUGACCGGACUGUGAAGAUCUGGCGUGCAAGCGGUGGACUGGACAGCACCUCAGAGGUGGUUGACAAUGUGGACGAGGUGGAAAGCAACUGAACAGAGCGCCACCUGCUGGGUUUUACUAUGGAAGGACAUCAACAGCAUCCAGUGAUGCUGCUUCCCUCCACUUUGACCCCUUACCUCUGAAUCCCAAUGCUCAGCCCUAAAACACACCUUCAUUGCGAUGUAACCUUUAUGACUGCGCCAAGAGGAAACACUAACGUCAAUAGCUGUGUUGUUACACUCUGUAUUCUCAGAGGCUUCUGCUAAUCACAUUUACUUCCCUGUAUUGAGGUUUGUGAACUUUGUCCUUUCUCUUCUGCACUGUAGACACAAAUGCUUAAGAGUUUAACACUGCUCUGUGCUGUGCCAGGAAAACAACUCAAAUACAGACACACAACUACCCAGGGGAAGGGUGGUAGAAAUAAACAGGAGGAAGAGAAGAAGGUGGCAGAGCUAACAGGUUGGUAGCUGGUCUUCACAACCCAGUUCUCUAGUGUCUUUAGAUUGUUUCUCUGCAAGUGAAGCAGGACCAAUGUCCCCAUGUUUCCCCCCCCCCCCCCCCCACUACUAUCAAAAGUGUCUUUACUUUGUGUAGAAACAACAAAUCCCCUUAUGCCUCUUCCUAACUGGUUGUCUUUGCUGUCCUGCACUGCACUGGUGAACAGAACACACUUUACAGUCACAAACCUGCUUCGAGGAGACAUUUGAAAUUAUAGGGGAUGUGAUUAUUCAGUUGCCUGCUGGGAGUUAUCUGUCUGCAAUGGCAAUGGAUUCAAUCAGCAUUCACUCCUGGGCCAAAUGACACAGGUUUUAUUUGCCUCCGAGAUGAGAGAGCACCUUUAAUUUCUGUGCGCUUGGGACGUUGAAUGAUAAGCACCGGGGGGGGGGACAGAAAGGCAAGUGGUAAUGGAAGAUGAGUCAAUCUCCUUUUUUGCGGAUUUACCUGGGUUUAGAAAAACCUGUGUAUACCCUCUAAUUUCUCUGUGUGUGUGUGUGAGAAAAUCGCUACCAUAGUAUGUCUGGUGAGGUCAUGUGUCGUCCUGACAAAUGGAAGGCUACGUCCCUUUUUAUUCUCUAAGUUUUUAGUUACUUCCUUUUCCAAAACACUUUGGUUUUGGGCGUAAUUUUAUUUACGCUAAACUAAGCUGACUGGAUGCUAGUUGCUAGCUUAAUAUUUACUAGCAUUGAGAUUGUCGUCAAACUCUGCGAGCAGGCAAAUAAAUGUAUUUCCCAAAAUGUCGAACUGUUCCUAUAACUCUUGAGCACUUGUGAAAACAGACGUGAUAAGUAUUUGACAUUUCCUAAAUAUGAGCAGGAUAUUCUACACCUGUUUCUUUGUAAGUGAAAAAUUGUGUGUUCACUCUUCACAUGUUGCUGUUAACAAUCACUGAACCCACACUACUGAGUCUACGUCUCCUGCUGCUAAGUCAUGUGCUCACCUUCCUUCACCCUAUGAGAGGGCUUCUUGUCGUGGACUCCAGGUGAGGUCCACUCGGUACCGUAGCAAUGUGUAUGUGUAUAUAUAUAUAUAUAUAUAUAUAUAUAUGUAAUAGCAUCUUUUAGUUUCACUGAGAGGAGAGACCGACAGACUCUGCCCAUGUAGUGAGCCUAACCCCGCCUGAUCGCCACGCUCUGAGACACACUCCCUGUCUCCAUGAUCUGUCUCUGUCACGAUUGUGUGCCGUCACUUUUGAAUGUUCUGUGAAACAGCAGCUGUAGACAUUAUUCAAAAUAAAUAUCUGAUGUAUGUAAACAAUGUGUUUUGAGAAGAAUCUGACUGAUUGUUAGUUUUGUGGGACCACCGAUCUGAACACAGUUUCACACCAGAGGCGAGAGUUACACUUUGGACAGAGCUUUUCCUCCAGUGAGGUGGCAGGCUUUGGUAUAGUGGCUAAAGGUUACUGUAACUUCUUUUCUUCUUUGUUUUGUUAUGCUGUCCUUGUUCCACAUUUUGGGCCUUCCCCUCUGGAGUUUCAGCUGCCAAUCCCAAGCGGCGGCGAUUCUAAUGUCAGAUGCCUGGUGAGAAUAAACGCCA